AUGACCGAUGAAAUCGAAUCACACGUCAACCGAGUGCUAUUCAUCACAGUCACACCUAACGUUGUCAGCUCAACUGUGUGGCAUUAUGCCGCUUCUAACUGUUACGAGGAUCAUGCAUCGGCGCCGCCACAGACUUACCCAAGAGCGAUCGAGGCGGUCGAAACAUACCCACUUGGCAGACACAGAGCGGAGCGAUAUAUGCAAGAUUCUGCUUCGCAUGUAGCCAAGGAGUCUACUGGGAUAACUAGCGAGAAAGAUGCGCCAGUGUGGGCUUCUUACUCUUCGUGUCUAUCUGUUUCUACUUGA